GAAUACGUCAAAGAAACUGGAAACUGUUCUAUAUGCCUCUAAUUUUCUACUGUGUCAGAGUACUUAAUUUUUCCAGGUAGAAGACAAAUAAGUGUGGCAAUGGUAAAUGUCAAGCGUGAUGUGUGGAGGCCAGCAAACUGGCCAGCUCACGGGCAGCAGAAGUGUACAGGUUGGGAACGUGAGAGGAGUCCUCCCUGCAGUGUGAACACGCUUAGCUGGCUGCCUGGUUGCAGUGGCUGCCCAGUUGGUCCGUUCGCUCUGUUGCCUGGGGAGAAAGAAGUGAUCAUGGCUCCUUGGCCUGAGGUAGACAAGCCUGAAACCAAUAACUAUAUUGGUGAUUCCUCCAAACAAAACCAGAACGUGCCUGGAAAAGAAGGAGAAAAUCACAAAGGGAACGUGGCUUCACUUGGAAACAAAGUGGAAAUUCAACCUGCAUUUUCCACAAUAGCAUUGAUAGACGAGACAAGGCAAGAAGAAGAAGACCCAUGGGCUCUGCCAGAACUGCAGGACACUGGAGUCAAGUGGUCAGAACUGGAUAGAAAAGGAAAGAUUAUUCGUGUACUCUAUGGAAUAGGAAAGUUUAUUAUGUUGCUUGGAUUACUCUACAUGUUCGUGUGUUCUCUGGAUAUACUGAGCUCUGCUUUUCAACUAGUAGGAGGUAAAGCAGCAGGGGACAUUUUUAAAGAUGAUUCAGUGCUCUCCAAUCCUGUUGCGGGGCUGGUGAUAGGAGUUUUGGUGACUGUGAUGGUCCAGAGCUCCAGCACUUCUUCAUCCAUUAUCGUCAGCAUGGUGUCCUCUACAUUGCUGACUGUACAAUCAGCUAUUCCUAUCAUUAUGGGGGCAAACAUUGGUACCUCAGUUACAAACACAAUUGUGGCGCUCAUGCAAGCCGGGGACAGGAAUGAAUUUAGAAGGGCCUUUGCUGGGGCAACAAUUCAUGAUUUCUUUAACUGGCUUGCUGUGUUUGCAUUGUUGCCCAUUGAAGUCAUUUCUGGCUAUCUUUACCAUCUCACCAAUGUUAUAGUUGAGUCCUUUCAUCUUGAAAGCGGUGAUGAUGCCCCUGAGCUACUAAAAGUCAUCACAGACCCUUUUACAAAGCUCAUCAUUGAGCUUGAUAAAUCCGUAAUAAAUGCAAUUGCUACGAACGACGAAUCAGCAAAAAACAAAAGCCUGGUAAAGAUUUGGUGCGUAACUGAAACCAAUGUGACACUGCAGAAUGUCACAAUUCCACCUUCAGAGAACUGCACGUCUCCUGAACUUUGUUGGUCAGAAGGAAAUGUGACAUGGACCUUGAAAAACAUAUCUGAAACAGAAUACAUCACUAAAUGCCGGCAUCUCUUUACAGAAUCAGACCUGCCUGAUCUUGCCAUCGGUCUCAUACUUUUGGCUUUGUCCCUGCUUGUUCUUUGCUCCUGUCUGGUGAUGAUCGUUAAGCUGUUAAACUCUGUGCUUAAAGGACAAGUAGCAAGUGUUAUCAAGAAGACAAUCAACACUGAUUUCCCAUUUCCUUUUACUUGGCUGGCUGGAUACCUGGCUAUGCUUGCAGGGGCUGGUAUGACCUUCGUUGUUCAAAGUAGUUCUGUCUUCACAUCUGCUAUUACACCUCUUGUUGGCAUCGGUGUUAUAAGCAUUGAGCGUUCUUAUCCCCUCACCCUAGGAGCUAACAUUGGCACAACCACAACAGCUAUACUUGCAGCUUUAGCAAGCCCAGGGAGUACAUUAAAGUAUUCAUUACAGAUUGCCUUGUGCCACUUUUUCUUCAAUGUCUCUGGGAUUAUCCUGUUUUACCCACUGCCUUUUACCCGGCUGCCAAUCCGCAUGAGCAAGAGCUUGGGAAACAUAACAGCCAAGUACAGAUGGUUUGCUAUAUUUUAUCUUCUCAUCUGCUUCUUUCUUUUGCCUUUGUUUGUAUUUGGUCUGUCACUGGCGGGCUGGCCAGUCCUUUUGGGUGUUUGCCUUCCCCUGUUGGCUCUGUUUAUUGGUGUGAUUGUAGUUAAUAUUAUGCAGACAAGGCGGCCACAUUCACUGCCUGAGAAGCUUCAAAACUGGGAUUUCCUACCCGUCUGGAUGCACUCUCUAGAGCCCUGGGACAAUAUGAUUAUGUCUUCACUCUCCUUUUGUGGGAAGCAUUGCUGCAGAUUCUGCAAGUGCUGCAAAGUCAAUGCAGAACAGGAGGGUGCCAAAGAUAAUCAGCUAAAAACUAUGGAGGUUUAUGAAAACGCCAUUACAAUGGCUGAUGAAGAAAGAGGUGUAAGAAGGGCUCCAGCUGCAGCUUGUGUUGAAAAAACAGGCACAAACAACACAGCCUUAUAGUAGCGGAUCAACCCAUAAUAGCAGAGGUAAAGCAUAGGACAGUCAGGCUCUUGAAAACUACCUUGAACAAUGCACUGAGAACAGAGUGAAUAUUUUGUUAGGUUCCUGCAGCCAGUGAUAUAUCACUCAUCAAGGAAUGGAGUCAAGCAAGCUUGACAGAGUCCCUAGAAAAUCUACGAUCAGUUGAAAAGCUAAAGACAGAUUUGCUUACAGAGCAUCUACUGUGUGGUACCUUCAUCCAAUGCUAUCAGUUGCAACCAAAAGAAAUCUUGAUGUAGUCCUAUGAAGAGAGGGAUGAAAGGAGCGUGAUUAAUUAAAAACCAGUCAACCCAACAAUGUGCUUGUAGGACAACCUUUCUGGCCUAUUGGCUUAUUCAGUAGAAGUUACUUUAUGAUACCCUAAAGGUUCUGUAAAUGAAAAAAGAAAAAAAAGUAAAAAAGAAAACAAAUCCAAAUGUUUUCAUUGGCUUAUGUUCAGUGGUCAAAAUAGGAAACAAUAUUCCAAAUAUGGACAAAAUCUGUUGUCUGUGUGGAGGAAAAUGAAAUUCUGGGACAUGCCUCAGGAGCUCUGGGAGUCCUAGUCUGGCAUAAGGGUAUGCAUAAGCCCAUUUUGAGCUCUUUGUCUCUUUUAACACAAGAACGGGAGCUGCUGUCUUUUGUUGUCUCAAGCUAAAGGCCAAACAUUAAUUGCUGAUCACUUUGCCUGCUGAAGUUAAACACUGGGUUUGAAGACACUGGGUGGCUAUGAAAGAGCUUUGUGGACUCAGGGUGUGGUUGCAUGGCUGUCUGUCUCUCUAGAUGGUCCUCCCCCAUCCUGUCCACUGAGUAAUCCCAUAAGCACUUGUCCUGGCACAAUUAGAGAAAGGUGCAGGACGGAGGACAAGUGACUGGCACAGGCGUGUAGAGAGCUGCCCAACUCCAGGCUGACACCACAAGAUCUGUCUGCAACUUGGGACUGAGCCACAACAUGGCAUUUAAAUGUAGGAGUGGAGACUGGCUUUAGAGCUACAAACGAGGGAACCUGGAGAACAGACUAUGGUUAGAGUGGGACACGCAGCAGCAUUAACAGGUGAGAAAUGAGUGUUCCUUCUGCAUGGUCACUGCGUGCUCUGAACCACCCACCUUCGAAAUAAUGUGAAUUUUAUUGGCAAUUGUAUGUAGCAAUCCAAAUUCCAAAUAAAAUCCCUAGGUAGUGUAGUCAACAGCACACGUAGUCAAUCCAGAGGUAAUAUAGCACUUGGUGUAAAGCUACUUGUGCUCAGGCCUUAAAUUACUGAUUGUUUAGUAAAUGCUUACGAGACAGCACUGAAUCAUGGGCUGACAAAAGGUAUCAUUUCAACGUCAGAAAAAGAGCAUUUCAAAGACACACUGAGUACUUCUGCUGGCCUUUAAUAACUUCGAUAUGAGUGAGCAUGGGAUAGUACCUGGGGUCCAACCACUAAUGGAAAAAAGAUCAUGUGGCAGAGUGUAGGCCAAUCAGUAUCAUGUAAAGCCGAUUUGCAUGGUUGAUUUGUAGAUUAAAUCUGUAAUGGAAAAACUGAGAGGACCCUUAGUUUAUCAUAGCCACUCAGUGCUGCUAUAACACAUUUACUUCUGAAUAGUUGGUAGUUUUCUGCAGAACUAGGAUUAGUAGGCUGCAUUUGUACAUGUUUUAAAAGGGAAAAUUUUUUCAUUUGCUUUUUUAAGCUCGCAUUGAAAAUAGCAAAUUGAGCUGCUUGAAACAUGUUUGCAAAUUGUAUUCAUGCUGAGAUUCCAGCUGUUUCUGCAAUAAUGAGCCAGUGACAAAAUGCCUAGCAUCAGAGUACAUUUUCAAAAUAAUUUAAUUCUGGUACAGUUCUGCUCUUAGUGGGUUUAAUAACAGAGAACGGAGUUCUACCAAACUGUUCUGUUUCAAAUUUACUUUUUCUCCAUAUAGUUCAAACAGAAAUUUGUCAGCAUUUCAUUUUCAAGGUGGAAUUAUUCUUCAUUUUAUUUUCCCAGUUCUGGAUUCUUUCACAUUCUGCGUUUCUGUAAGUUCCAUUUCCCAUGCUCUGUUUUGACGGGGGGAAAAAAAAAAAAAAGAGAAAAUAUGUGAAAAAUGCGGAAUUCUUUCAAAGGUAUCUUGAAUUUCCACUGACCAUUCAUUGAAACAAGAAACAUUUCCAUCUACUCUUUCUGAUUUCUUACCAUGCACCUUAUUUUGCGUCUUGAAGUAAAGCUGUCAAGAGCAGUGAUAAUAACACUCAGCAAAACAUCAGAGGAAAAGCAACUCUUACAGAAGAAUCAGGGUAAAAAUUAUAGUCAGACAUAUCAGUACUUCAUGUUCCUCAUUAACUUUCCCCUAGGAUGUAUCGAGUUUGUGCCCUCCUCUCUCCUUGCUGGUGAACUUCAGGCCAUAUUGUGCCGUUGUUUUAGGCAGAUUCCAAAACAGACUUCUGUUUAACACUUGACAGCACAACAUGUCCUGGAAAACGUCCCUCCCACUCUUAACAAAAACUAUUUACACUUUAUUUAUAAUGAUUUGAGUGUACAGAACUUUUCAUAAGUUAUACAGAAAAAGGCUUGUGAUUGUGUUAUAUAUACGUAUUUGAAAACCACACGAUGUUUAAAAUGUAAAAAGGAACUACUGUAUAUUUGUAAUAUAAGUUUUAAAAUCGUUUGUAACUGUGCAUACUGUGUAUUACGGAGGCUGUUGGCUCCACCAAUAGGUUACAUAAAGAUUGUUAGUAAUGCAGAGACAGAUUUCUUAAAAUAAAGAUGAGAAACACCUAUGUAUUUUCAUAAUAUGGCUCUGUGCACAAGGAUGCAGAACUCCACUUUUCUAACAAAGAUCUGAAUUUUCUGCAAUGAGGAAUUUUGGAAAUGCGAGAUUUCUAAAAUGCUUUUUUAAACUCUUACACGUUUUAUCUUUUACUGUUUUGGGGACAGCAUAUGGCUUUAUACUUCGUCACGAACACUCAUCUUGUCUGUCCUCAUGCAUUGAAUGUAAAAAUA